CUAUCAAUGCGCUGUCAAUCACGGCGGCGGCUUCUCUUUCAUCUUCGCUCCCCCCGCCCCCACCCUUUCAACAGAGCGAGCCGAGAGGAGCGAGGGAGGAGGAGGAGAAGGAGUGGGUGGAGGGGAUGUUAAAGUUACAUUACAGAGGGAGCGAGAGAGGCAGACAACUGGCUUCCCACUUCACACGGCCCGCGCAGCCAGCCCGUCACAGCCGAGCGGCUUCGAGAGCCUCGUGCGUAGACCCACGCGCGCACGACACACGCGGGACUCGUGCGGCCAAGCGCAGGAAAGUCCCCCAGCACCUCAAGCAAAAGAAGAUUCUUUCCUCCUUGCCACCGCCACCAGACGCGCGCGCAAAAGAAAGACUGAGAAAGAGAGAGUGCGCGCGCGAGCGCGCGCACACACACACCUGUGUGGAUUGUUUUGCCGCGCGAAUUGGACCACGGAAGGGAGCUGCUCCCUCUGGAGAGGGGCGAAGACGACAACCCGAGUGUCGGAUGCGCUUCCGUCCGCUCCCAGGUUGCAGCACCCGAGCCAUGCAUCCACUCUGAGGGCUGGCGACCCUGGCGGAGCCUUGGCAUUUUCCUACCCCGAGGAGGACUAACAUUUUUGGGUAGAAGGAGCGCCCCUGCUUUCUUGACAGGCAAGAACUUUUUUUUUCACCCACUCGAAGGAUUUUCGGCCCCACUUUCUGCCCGUGUGAAUCCCACCUUCCUGCUUCCUUUCUUCUUCAAGAGUGCCGGCGACAGCGAAGAGGUGGGAGCAGCAAAUAAGAAAAUCUCCUGUGGCUGGAGGGACAAAGGCAGAGACCUGACUCGGAAGAGCAGCGACUAUGCCUCAGCUCUCGGGAGGCGGCGGAGGGGAUCCGGAGCUUUGCGCCACGGACGAGAUGAUCCCGUUCAAAGACGAAGGCGACCCCCAGAAGGAGAAGAUCUUCGCCGAGAUCAGCCACCCCGAGGAAGAAGGCGACCUAGCCGACAUCAAGUCCUCUCUGGUGAACGAGUCGGAAACGACCCCCAGUAGCAAUGGGCACGAGGUGUCCAGGCAAGGCCAGUCUCAGGAAUCUUACCAUGAGAAAGGCAGAGAACACUCUGAGGAAGGGAAACACACUGAUGGCGGCUUAUAUAGUAAAGGACCAUCUUAUUCUGGUUAUUCUGGGUAUAUCAUGAUGCCAAAUAUGAAUAAUGAUCCAUAUAUGUCUAAUGGAUCUCUUUCUCCACCCAUCCCUAGAACAUCAAACAAAGUACCGGUGGUGCAGCCUUCACAUGCAGUUCAUCCUCUUACCCCACUUAUCACCUACAGCGAUGAGCACUUUUCUCCAGGGACGCAUCCUUCACACCUCCCCUCAGAUGUCAACUCAAAACAAGGCAUGUCCAGACAUCCUCCAGGUCCUGAUAUCCCCACUUUCUAUCCCUUGUCUCCUGGUGGUGUUGGGCAGAUAACUCCACCUCUUGGCUGGCAAGGUCAGCCUGUAUAUCCCAUCUCAAGUGGAUUCAGGCAGCCCUAUCCAUCCUCACUCUCAGUCGACACUUCCAUGUCCAGGUUUUCACAUCAUAUGAUCCCUGGUCCUCCAGGACCCCACACAACUGGAAUCCCUCACCCAGCUAUUGUAACACCUCAAGUGAAACAAGAACAUCCGCACACAGACAGUGAAUUAAUGCAUGUGAAGCCUCAGCAUGAACAGAGGAAAGAACAAGAGCCCAAAAGACCUCACAUUAAGAAACCUCUGAAUGCUUUCAUGUUAUACAUGAAAGAGAUGAGAGCGAACGUUGUAGCAGAGUGUACUCUGAAAGAAAGUGCAGCUAUCAACCAGAUUCUUGGCAGAAGGGCAGAGGUAACUGGAAGUAACAUCCCACUGUCUUCCUGUAGCAGGAAAUGGGGGAGACAGAACACAAGAUGGUUUUCCCCAAACAGAUCUGAGUGGCAUGCAUUGUCCCGUGAAGAACAAGCUAAAUAUUAUGAACUAGCUCGGAAAGAAAGGCAGCUACACAUGCAGCUUUAUCCCGGCUGGUCUGCAAGGGACAACUAUGGAAAGAAAAAGAAGAGGAAGAGAGAGAAACUACAAGAGUCAACAUCAGGUGCAGCCCCAAGAAUGACAUCUGCCUACAUCUGAAGCAUGGUGGGAAGAGAAAUGCUUUCUCAACAUGCAAAGCAAAGGCAGCAACAUCAGGGCCCCUCCUUGAAAUGGAAGCUUGUUAAAUAUCCAGGCAUGUCCUUCAUCUGCACAGACCAACCACUAAGGAGGAUGUCUAGGAUGUCGAAACUUGCCCUGAUGUCACUGCUAAAGACAAUCACUGCCAGGCCCCUUCGCUACCAUGGAGUCCCAAAUCUGCUAAAAUAAACAAGAGCAAGAAGAGCAUUUCAGAACGUCCCCGGUCAGCUUUUUGUCUUCGCUCCGCCUUACACUUCUACGUUUGUAUCUCACAUGUUGUCUAUCCUGAGUCAGCAACAAAACAAGUUGGGUGGCUUUGCUUCACCCAACAGAAUGAUGUAAGCCAGCAGUAGCUCCCAUCUGGGCCCUUCACACCGAAGAAACAAAAUUAAUUUGAGGAAAGCACAAUCCAGUUUAUUUAAUGGUGCAUAAGGAUCAAUUUUGGAUUUUAGCUUUUUAAAAGAAAACUUGAAUGCUUUUUAUGUUUUAUUUUUUCCUUGGUGUACAUUUUUUUUUGUCUUGGAGCUUUGAAAUAAGCAUCAAAGCCCCCAAUUCCCUCUCUCCCUCUUUUUUUUUUUUAAGUAAAAGAAAAUUGUGUGUUUUUCUGCAAGAAAGAAACACUCUAUUCAGAGAACUUGUGGCUUUUUAAUUUUUGGUUAACAAUUUGCAACAGAUAAUCCCUCAUUGUAUGUUGAUGCUACGGAGUCCUAAAAUACUAAACAUAACUAUCAGCUGGUCAGUAGCCCUGUCCACCUCCUUCACUUACUCUGUGUGUGUGUAAAGGCAAUGCAUUUCAUCAGAUCUGACUGCAGUGAGCUCUCCUCUUUGCCGACCCUGAAUUUCCUUGUAAAAAAGAAAAAGCCCAGCACUUGAAUUAUUAUUACUUCAAUUCAAAUGUUCUGUAUUUGUAUCUGUUUUUGUUAGCCUGUUUAGUGGGAUUUUAUGCCAGUUGUUGAAAUGAGCAUUGAUGUACCCAUUUUUUAAUAGUUAAGGCACAGCCUUUGCCAAAAAAAACCCUGUCAACCGAUAUAUAUUUUUUGUCAUUCCAGUUUUGAGUUAAUGUGCUGAGCAUUUGUUUUUUGUUUUUUUAAAAAUAAAAGCUUUGUAAUAAAACUACAAAAAAACUUUC